AUUAUGUUAUUCAAACGAGCAGCUUCUGCUACUGUUGAUUGACGAUUUCAAUAAGAUAACUAAGUCAACGACUUAUUCUCGUUCUAAGCUCGGGCCUACUCGUAUUUCCUAUAAACCUCCGGUUCACUCUUCUAUAUUUUUUGCUCUUAGCGAGGUUCACGCGUUUAAUAAUCUCUAUGUAUCUAUCGUAUAUAGAGUAAGUGAAUAUCGCAUCGAUCGCAGCAAGUGUGGUUUUCGUUAUAGAAAAAACAAACUCAAAUUAUUAGUGACUGUGCCAGUUUUGCUCGAGUAGGAAAAACGAUAGAAAUGAAAGCUCUAGAUUGGAGGAGCUUGAUAAGCAUUGCCAGUCGAGCGAGCGAAGAGGAAAAACGGCGAUUGCUCCUUGAUGGCAUAUAUUGUGUUGUCAAAAAUUGGCGGGGCCCAUUACCAGAUCUUUUAGAGAUCUUUCGACCCGAAAAAAUCGAGUGUCUUCUCUCGUACGCCGUAACGGACCAAGAGGGCGACGAGAAGGCAAGAAUACGAUUCAUCAAGUUCGUGGUUGACACGGGAUACAGAGAUCAGCCCAAAAUUGGCACAGACGGACAGUAUGUGUUGCAUCGCACCACACCGAUACAUCUCGUUUCACGCGUAAAAAUCCGCAACUCGUCUGAAAUCAUUCAUUUGCUAUUUAAAAUCUACGACAGAUUUGAUUUGAACUAUACCGACGAAGGAGGAUUGACGCAUUUUCACGCGGCUUGCUCUAUCCCUAUCCCUGAUAGACACCAACUCGUCAUGAAAUUUCUCGAACACAAGCAGAAUCCUAAUAUUAUUGUUCAAGGUUAUUCGCUGUUUCGAUUAGAUCUGCACAAUGGCUGGCAGUUGGCCCCGGAGCUACUGAAAAGAGGCGCCGAUCCUACUUGGGUCGAUGCCGAUGGAUCCACUGCUCUGCACACUAUUUGCCGGGAUAAACGCGUGGACUUGCUGAAGUUAUUCUUCGAGAUCGUCGAUAAGCACAGAAAGGCAGUGCAGAUCAAUGUUCGUGACAGCCUAGGUAAAACACCGCUGCACUUGGCUGUGGAGAGCGGCAAGGUGACGACGUUUAAAUUACUGCUGACAAGAGGCGCCGAUGUGAAUUCGGUCAACGAAGAAGGAUCGACACUACUGCACUUAAUUUGCCAGAGACUCGAUAGCUACAAGUUCGUUGAGAUAUUAUUCAAGAUCGCCAACGACAUCGGGAAGCCAGUGUGGGUCAAUAUCCAAGAUAAGGAGGGUAACACACCCCUGCACGUGGCUAUAAGUCACAGAAGCAAGACGACCUCUAAAAUACUACUGGUAAACGGCUCCAAUCCGAAUUUGGCCGAUAAGGAUGGAUGUACUGCUCUGCACCUCAUUAGUAGCAACACCAAAACCUGCGAUGCGAUGAGGCACUUCUUUGAGAUCAUCGACGACAUGCAGCAGACGGUGCAGAUCAAUGCUCGGGACAACAAAGGCUGGACACCAUUGCACGUGGCUGUGCAUUCGGGCAGCAGAAGUAAGUUUCAAUUGCUGCUGAAAAGAGGUGCUGAUCCAAAUGUAACCAAUCAUGAUGGACAGACUGCUCUACACUUUGUUUGUCGGAGAGAUGACUAUGGUUUCAUGUGGAAUUUCUUCAAUAUCAUCGACGACAUGCAGCAGCCAGUGGAGAUCGAUGCUCGGGACAUAAUGGGCCAGACUCCGCUGUUAUUGGCUUUGUUCAACGCAAAUACGAAGAUGGCCGAACAUCUUCUGUGGGCAGACGCUGAUCCGAAUUUGGCCGAUAACGAGGGAUGGACUCCUCUGCACGUUAUCUGCAUUAAAUGCAAUAGGUUUUUGAAAAAGUUUUUCAAAAUCAAUGCAGAGAGACAGAAACCAGUGGAGAUCAAUGCCACGACCAUCGAAGGUAGAACACCAUUGAAAUUGUUAAGGGAUCACAUGCCCUCUAACUACAAGGAAGCGUCGCGAUAUUUGGAGGCACUAGGCGCCGAGCUUGAAUAAAAAUGAAAGAUUGACUGCCAAUCUGUGAAUUAGCGACGAUAAACACAUCCGCUUUAUUAUUUGGUGCUUAGCGUUACUCAAGGUCGCACGUUUUCCAAUUUGC